AUGUCUCACGAAUCUGUCUGGUACUCGCGUCCUCGCACCUACGGCAAGGGCAGCAGAGAAUGGUGCGCUGGUCUCAUCCGCAAGUACGGCUUGAACAUCUGCCGUCAGUGCUUCCGUGAGAAGUCCACCGACAUUGGUUUCAUCAAGCACCGCUAA